AUGCUGGACACACUGCAGAUCGCACACAUGCUGGACACACUGCAGAUCGCACACAUGCUGGACGCGGCCCUGCAGAUCGCACACAUGCUGGACGCGGCUCUGCAGAUCACACACAUGCUGGACAUUCCUGUUCAGACGGUCAGUGAAUCGUCUCCAGCUCAGUCGGACUGGACAAUAAAAUCCCAGCUGGUUGGAGAUGUUUCUGAUUCAUCGAAGUGUCCCGACGGGUUCGACUGCCUGAAGACGGGCAGAAACCCGAACUACGGCUACACCAGCUUCGACACGUUCGGCUGGGCCUUCCUGUCGCUGUUCCGGCUGAUGACCCAGGACUACUGGGAGAACCUCUACCACCACACGCUGCGGUCGGCCGGGAAGACCUACAUGGUGUUCUUCGUGGUGGUCAUCUUCCUGGGCUCCUUCUACCUGAUCAACCUGAUCCUGGCCGUGGUCGCCAUGGCGUACGAGGAGCAGAACCAGGCCACCAUCGCUGAGGCGUGUCAGAAGGAGCGCGAGUUCCAGCAGGCCAUGGAGAGACUGAAGAAAGAGCAGCAGAUGGCGGCGCAGAAACCGCCGGACUCCGACUCCCUGACCUCACCAGACCUCUCACCUCUUGGCCCUCCGCUGGACAGCUCCGAGGAGCGGAGGCGGAGCCAGGCGCUGAUGGGUGUGGCCGACGGGGAGGGGAACCUGUCGGAGGAGAAGCUGCUGCAGGUGGACUUGAUGGACGGGGGAAAGGCCCUCCAUCCUCUCCUCGCUCGCUCCUUCUCCACGCGGACGCGACGAAGCAGUCAGGUGUCGUCCAUCUUUAACUUCCGGCUGAGGAGCCGAGGGUCGGAAGGCGAGAUGGCGGACGACGAGUUCAGCGUUCCCGGCGACGUGGUGGACGGCGUCGGCGGCAGGACGUACAGCGGCGGGACGUUCAGCGGCAUCCUGACCAACCCCUGGCCCAAACGCAGACUCAGCACCUACAGCACGGCCAGCAGGAACUCCCAGGUGUUUUAUCCCACCCUGAACGUCAACGGGAAGCUGUUCGUCUCCAUGGACCAGAACGGGGUCUCCCCGCCGCCGCUGCAGGGGCAGCUGACCGCCUGCACCAUGGAGAAGGUCAAGGAGGAGAGCGUCCCGACGUCCACCACGGAGCUCAGCACCAUGCUGCUGCCUCGGCCUUCGUCCACGCAGGGGUCGGAGCGGAGGGGGAGGGCAAUGAGCGCCGCCAGCUACCUGACCGACGUCAUGGAGGGUGAGGAGCGGCGCCGCGGCCACGCCUUCAUCUGCAGCGCUGCUCUUAAAGGGACAGUGUCGUGUAGAAUCCACUCCUUCAGCCGAACAUGUUUUAAUGUUUUACACUGA